GUGACUCAUUGUGUCUGAGUCGAGGCGUCGGGAGGGCCUAGGUGCGCGUGCGGUUCCCUGCGGCCGCCCUGCACCCCGCCGUCUGCUCCCCUCUCUCGCCCAGCGCUCCCGGGCAGCUCCCGGGGCUCACGGACUAAUAGAGAAACACUGUUGAAUAUCCCCUGGUACAGAAAAGUGAGCACAGACCCCACGUGGAUCGAGUCUGUCCCCUGGGCCUGAAUGAUGACUGCUGAGUCCAGGGAAGCCACGGGUCUGUCCCCACAGACUGCACAGGAGAAGGAUGGCAUCGUGAUCGUGAAGGUGGAAGAAGAAGAUGAGGAGGACCACAUGUGGGGGCAGGAUUCCAGCCUGCAGGAGACACCCCCUGCCGACCCAGAGGUGUUCCGCCAACGUUUCCGGCGCUUCUGUUACCAAAACACUUUCGGCCCCCGAGAGGCUCUGAGCCGACUGAAGGAACUUUGUCAUCAGUGGCUGCGGCCAGAAAUAAACACCAAGGAGCAGAUCCUGGAGCUACUGGUGCUGGAGCAGUUCCUUUCCAUCCUGCCCAAGGAGCUCCAACUCUGGCUGCAGGAGUACCGGCCUGACAGUGGAGAGGAGGCCGUGACUCUUCUAGAAGACUUGGAGCUGGAUCUGUCUGGACAGCAGGUCCCAGGUCAAGUGCAUGGACCUGAAAUGCUCGCCAGAGGGAUGGUGCCUCUGGAUCCAGUUCAGGAAUCCUCAAGUUUUGACCUUCAUCAUGAGGCUGCCCAGUCCCAUUUCAAGCAGUCAUCUCGGAAACCCCGCCCAUUACAGUCACGGGCCCUCCCUGGCAGCCACAUCCCUGCCCCACAUCAUGAGGGGAGUCCCAGAGAACAGGCAGUGGCAUCUGCACUGUUGACGGCAGAUUCUCAGGCUAUGGUGAAGAUUGAGGAUAUGGCAGUGUCCCUCAUCCUGGAGGAAUGGGGAUGCCAGAACCUGGCUCGGAGGAAUCUAAACAGGGACAACAGGCAGGAGAAUUAUGGGAACACAUUUCCCCAGGGUUGUAAAACCAGGAAUGAAAAUGAGGAGUCCACCUCAAAGACUGAAGCCACAGAAGACUCAGCAUCCCAUGGUCAGAUAGCAGGAAGAUUCCAGAAAGAGUUUGGAGAAAAACGUGAACAGCCGGGCAGAACUGUAGACAGGCAGCAGAGAAAUCUGGAAGAUAAAACUGGAAAAGAAAAGAGAGAUUCAGGUCCAACGACAGGCAAGGAUAAAAAACCCACCCCAGGAGAAAGGGGUCCAAGGGAGAAGGGGAAGGGACUGGGAAGAAGCUUCAGUCUGAGUUCCAACUUCAACACCCCUGAAGAAGCCCCAGCAGGAAAGUCUCACAAAUGUGAUGAAUGUGGUAAGUGCUUCACAAGAAGUUCAAGCCUUAUUCGCCAUAAAAUAAUCCACACUGGAGAAAAGCCCUAUGAAUGUAGUGAGUGUGGAAAAGCCUUCAGUCUUAAUUCCAACCUUGUCCUGCAUCAGAGAAUCCACACAGGAGAAAAACCACAUGAAUGUAAUGAGUGUGGCAAAGCCUUCAGUCACAGUUCCAAUCUCAUCCUCCAUCAGCGCAUCCACUCUGGAGAGAAACCUUACGAAUGUAAUGAGUGUGGGAAAGCGUUCAGUCAAAGCUCAGACCUCACUAAACAUCAGCGAAUCCACACGGGGGAGAAACCUUAUGAAUGUAGUGAAUGUGGAAAAGCUUUCAACCGCAACUCAUACCUUAUUUUGCAUCGAAGAAUUCACACCCGAGAAAAGCCCUAUAAGUGUACUAAGUGUGGCAAGGCCUUCACCCGGAGUUCAACUCUUACCCUGCACCACAGAAUCCAUGCCAGAGAGCGAGCCUCGGAGUACAGCCCGGCCUCCCUCGAUGCAUUUGGAGCAUUCCUGAAGAGUUGUGUGUAAAGCAAGCAUCUCUCAUCAAGCCAUUUCCCCAUUUUGUUUGUAAAAUUAUUUCAGAGAUGUGCACCCAUAGAGUGGGGGGGCGGGAGGAGAACCUCAACAAAUUAAAAAACAAAAUCACCCUUAAGGAUCCUUUUAGGUAAAUCAGCAGUGUUCUGCCUUUGUACAUGUGGGCAUGUAAUUCUUCCAUACAGUUCUUGCAGGGAGAAAUAAGUGAUUUGGAUAAUUCAUGCAACAUUUCCACAUAAGAUAAAAGCACACAUAUACAACAAUGAAUUGUCAAGCUUUUUCAGUAAUGAGGAUAUCUGUAAGGCACUGUUGGACUCUGAGUAAUCACAGUAUAUAAUUGAAAGAUCAAGACCGGCUCUUUGAACAUGAUACCAAGGUUAAGAAGCUCCUUGCUGCAACAAGCUCUACUAGGCCAACACCUUGCUUACCUUUCAAAAGAGGGACAGUUAAGACUGUCCCACAUCAGGACAUGCUGCUCAAGCUAGUUAUAUAUAUAUGAAGAGCUAUAUAUAAUAUAUAUAUAUAUGAUCAGUGGUAGUCUACCAAAGCUAUAGAAAUCUAGGACUGUGUUGAUCAGUAUCAAACCAAAGAUUUUUAUCUCUUCCCAAGAGAGAGGGCAGAUGUACCAGUCUACCAUUCCAAAGGACUUCAACAAGUGUAGAUGGUUCUAUCCUCAUCACUGCUGUCAGUUCUACUGAAAUGAUUCAGAACACUUCCUUCUUCAAACUCCCACAGCACGAUAGCACUCCUAAACGCAUUUCUGCACAAGUUAGCACUUGAUUGUGUGCUGUCUUAAUCCUCCAUGGUUUCGCAUAUGAAAGCCAUCACCCCCUAAAGGAGAUGCUCCAGUUGUCACAAGCUGUCACAUCCCUUAACAGUACGGUCCUGGAGGUGGUGCUGAACCCUGAAGCACUCGUGACUGACUGCUGACAGGACCUCUACAUUUAUGAUGAAGCCCUGUGAAUCACAGGUACCUGAGAAAUGGUAGCCUGGCCCAGCACUAAAGGGGACGUUCAGGGCCAGGAGGCUGAUAAAGCUUAAGAUCGAUGCUGUUUUUGUCCUAAAUAUAAAUGAAAGGUACUGGUUAGCUACUUGUGUAGUUUCUUUCUAAACACAGAGAGUAGAUACCACAGAAUGUCAGAAAUGACUUAAUCAUCGCCAUCUUCAUGUGAACCCUAAGGUCAUUUACAUUGCAAAGAUCUUAGCAAGAAUUCAGUUCCAUCAACUGCUGAACAGUGUGAUGAUUUGGGCAUGCUCAGAAUCAUUCAAAAUCUAGAUAAUGUAGUUCAAAAGAUGUGAUUUUUGUUGCUUUUCAGAAAACAGAGUUAUAGGAGGCAGGUUUUUCACACUUCCCCAAAAAACUUUUCGAGAGUGUUUGUCAUCAUCCGCUGGCCAUUACUAAAUGUACUUUGAGAAGUUUACCAACACACUAUAAGAUGUGGUUGGUUGUAUCAUAACCAUAGUACACCGUCUUCUGAUUGUCAUCAUCGAAGACUUGAGGUGAGGUAAUGAAACUAAACGUUCCCAUAACCUGUGCAGCAGAAUGCAUACAGCUUCCCGGAAGCUAAGAAUGGAGAUGGUCUAACAGAAGAGCCCUAAAGCAUCAUGGGCUUUGAAAAGGCAUCAAAGACUUGCAGGAAGAGGCUGUGGUCAUGAGCACAAUUUAAAUGGUUGUGGACAACGAUGCAGAAACUUAGAAAAUCAAAGAAACAAACAAACCUGAUGACUAUUAGCGUGACUACUCCUUAACAGGAGAACCUCCACAUGCAGUUUGAGAUUUUUCCUCAAGAAACAACAGAAAGUAGCAUCCAUCAGUUGUUCACUGAGCAACAGCUAAAGGUACCAAGACAACAUGGCAGAACCAAUGAACUGGGCACGGCACAUGUGGCCUCAGCUCCAGACCAAACCACAACCAACCACAGUUUCCCUAUAGCUUCUAAAUUGUUUCAUCAGUUUUGCCUGGAAAGUCAGUCAACAACUUUCCAAAAUAUUUCUGUCUAAGAAAAACAAGAUACUUCAAGAGAAUGUAUUUUUAAAAAAUAUUUUUUUAUUGGUAAAGUGGAGUUAGAAAUGCUUUUAAGAAAAAUUUCUCCAGUGAGCCACAAUGUUAGAAGAUGGCUGGUGCUCUUCAGAGGGCUGUUACCCGUGGGAAAGCAACUGAAAGUGAAGUGCCUAGCCCCAGGCACUGAACCAAACACUUCUUAAGAAGAAAAGGACUUUAGUCGGUUCUACAUCUGCCCUUUCCUUUUAGCCACAACUACUUGGUGACGUAAUUCAGCCAUCAUUUUUUAUUUUUGUUUUUAAAUGAAAAAAAAAAUGACCUUUGUCCAUAUUUAAUUCCUAUUUGAUUGGGACAUCUUACUUUGUCAGUGGCCACUAGGUUGCCAUCACACUCAGCAUGUGCACUCCGGGAGGCAGCUGUUUGAGAAGGUGUUUUCUGAAGGCAACAGAUUACAAUUGUUAAAAAAAAAAAAAAAACCCUUUGCAUUGUUCAUUUACCAACUACUCAAACCAAAAUGUCAUUGGUUCAUGGCCAAGAAUGCUGGCGACAUCUAAUUAAUGCCCAGGAUGGUCAUUCAAACAUUCUUGACCAGCUGAAAUCUGGUAUCAGUUUCAGUACUCUGUAGUUAAUCAUUAGCAUGCUAGUUGUCCUGAUGAAACUUUUUUGAGAGUUACUGGAAAUAUACCUUAACCCUGCCAGGAAGAGAAGUUAAAUUUCUCCAGAUUGUGGAGUAUUUGUUUCUACUCCAUCCACGUAGGCAAGGCUAAAACCUGAAACUGUAGACUUAUGAGAUAUCGUGAUAUGUAAGGCACUUAAUAUUAAAGGUGUAAAAGUGACAUUGUGCUAACUAUGUGUGGAGAUAAAAAUGUUUGAUGUGUAAGACAGUUCACAUCGUAUAUACAUCAGAGAAUCUAUUCCAGAAGGAAACCUCUUGAAUGUGAUAAAUAAGGCAAAGCCUUUAAUCACAUCUCAGCCCUUAGCAUCAGAAAGCUUACACUGUAAAUAAACUUCAUUAAAUGUGAGGAAAGCAUUCAUAUGUAGCACUCACUGCUUUGAACAGUGAAUUUUGUCAGAGUCUUCCACUGAUGUAAUAAAUUCCAGAAACACUGCGUAGGGAGCUCAGUCUUAACUCAGAGGGGCCACAAAAGGAAAGGGAAUGUGGGGAAAUGCUAAGGACAUAGAAAAUAGUACAAUUUCUUGCAAGCAUUGUUAAUGUCAGGAACUUCUGUAUAUUUUGUCUGACCAUGAUGUGUGUAUUUUGAACCUCCCGUCCCUGCUACUCUGUAUAUUCCCUGUAAGCAGAUUGUAUAUUUUAUUUUAAUCUAUUUGACAGAACACGUCACCCCAGAAGUGCAAUACUGGAGUGAGUAGUGAAGAAACUGAAGUGGUUCUAGAUAAAACAUCCCUUCACAGAACCAGGGAGUGGGAAAAUAUAAAGAAGAAACAAAAGCUUCACAGUUUGAUGCUUAUCAGAUCCAUGAGGACAGGUUAAUAGAACACAAAGAUGAAAGGAUUCUAGAAACAUGCAGCAUUUGGAGAGUUUCCUCCUCAAAGCCCAGAGAUCAGCCUCCAAGUUGUUAAGUCACCACUGCAAGGAAGGGGAAUGGAUUCUGUCUAAGCUUGCAGCAGGGGGUGUCCUGUUAAA